ACAAAAGUUUUAGUACGCCGAAUUGCCCCUUAUAUAAAAUAAAUUAGUAAACUAGUAAGGUGUGUGCUGAGUGCACCUUUGUUCAUUUUUUUUUUUUCAAACACCACCAAAACAUAUAGAGCAAUGUUUACAUCUCGUGGUCGGACACUUGCUCGAACCUCGUGGAUAGCGAAAACUUUAAUACAUCGAGCCGUCCCAUUUGGGCGAAGAUCGAAUCUUGGAGCAUUUUCAUCAUCUCGAAUCCAAAAUCCAGAUGAAAUUGAAAUCAAUAACUACAAAGAUUGGUUAAGUCCAAAUGAAGUAAUCAGGAUUUUUCAAAAUCUAAAGAACCCAAGUUCAGCAGUGCAUGUACUAACAUUAAUAUCAGAAAGGAAAGAUUACAAACCCAAUGAAGCUAUUUAUAGUAUAGUUAUCAAGAAUCUUGGAAUAUCCAAGAAUUUUGAUGAUAUUGAAAUCCUUAUGGAGAAAAUCAAGAAUGAAAGAAAAUGUAGACUUUCUGAUGAUUUUUUCUAUAAUGUGAUAAAGAUUUAUGCUCAUUUAGGUGGUAGAAUUAAUAGUGCAAUUGAUAUGCUUUUCGAUAUGCCUAGUUAUAAGUGUUGGCCUAGUGUUAGAACUUUUAAUUUUGUGUUGAAUGUGCUUGUGAAUAGUAAGCAGUUUGAUGUUGUUGAUAAGGUGUAUACGCGUGGUGUAUAUGAGUUGGGGGUUGAGAUUGAUGAGUGUUGUUUGAAUAUCAUCGUUAAAGGUUUGUGUCGUUGUGGGGAGUUUGAUGCUGUGUAUAAGGUGUUUGAUGAAUUUCCUAAACAGAAUUGUCGACCCAAUGUUAGAACGUUUGCGACUGUAAUGCAUGCUUUAUGCGUGCGUGGUCGUGUUGAUGAGGCUUUGAGUUUGUUAGAGAGGAUGGAAAGGGAGGGUGUUGAGGCUGACGCUGUCGUUUUUAAUACGUUGAUUUUUGGGCUUAGGAAGGUAGGGAGAGUUGACGAGGCGAUUGAGAUGUUUAAGAAAGUGAUGGUGAAAGGUUGUGAUCCGAAUCCGGGGACUUAUCAAGAGAUGUUGUAUGCUUUACUUGAUGCUAAGAGGUUUUUGGAGGCAAAGGAUUUUAUGGGUCUGAUGAUCGAUAAGAGGGUGAAUCCAAGUUUCGAGUCUUAUAAGGUGAUGAUACACGGCCUUUGUGAUGGUAAGCUUCUUGGAGAUUUAGAUUGGGUGUUGAUGCAGAUGGUGAGACAUGGAUUUGUGCCGAGAAUGGGUAUUUGGAAGAAGAUUCUUGGUUGCUUGUUUCCUGAUGGAGAUUGUGUUACUACCUGUUCUUACGAUGAAAUUCUCGCAGACUAAACCUAUACAGUUUCGUUAUUAAAAUCGCACAACAAAUGGCCGAAAGCAUAGUUGCUAUUCGUAUCUCUAGCUCAUAGCAGCCGUGAAGACUUGCAGAGAUGAAGAAAACCUGAUAUUAGCUUCAUUUCUUUAGCAACUGCUCAUGUUUCAACCAGACGAGGUUUCAUGUACUAAGUUUACGGGGAAAGAGUAAUGCCCGAGGGAAAAAGCUCAAUUACAUGAAGACAAAGCCUUGAAUCUUGAUCGAGUAAGUUUGUCAAUCCCUUUAUGUUUAGAAGAGGGCUAUAUUGUUGAUAUUUUGUUCACUUGUACAAGAUAUCAGUACUACCUUUGUGCCUUUCAUGAAUACAAUUAAAACCAUUUUUAAGAAAAAAAAAGUUCUGUCGAAAUAUAUGUAUUCAUUAGCAACACAACAAUCGUAUAUUUUCGUGACGUUCCUUUCAAAUUAUUUCUA